CCAACCGCUGUAUUUCUGUCUGCUUCUCUGUACAAGACCCAACCUAUUCUCUCUCUUUCUCUCUCUUGCGCUCUCUGUUAUUUCAUCUACGGCUGUUCUUCCAUCGGCGCCGACCUUUUUUCGGUAUUUCUUUGAUCAAGGUUUGGGGUGUGAUCUAUCAUUACUUCUCACUUGUAUUGAGUAUGAACUUGAAAAAGGAUUUUAUUCAGUAUGGAAGUUUUGGAAUGAUGCCCUGUUUGCACUAGCAGGCACUUUUUAAAUUGGGCAACUGGAGAGCGGGUUUGAACUGAGGUCCUGAUUUCUCUUAAGGGUUUAGUAGCAUGAUCUGCUGCUACAUUGAAGUGCUAUAAUCCAGUAUUCAUGUAGGCAGAACAAAGUAUAUGGCGCUAACUGCAGAAUUGGGGAGGUUUCUCAGUCUUUCUAGAACCCGUCAUUGAGCCACCGAGCAGUUGAUGAGAUUCAUCUAUCUUAGUUAUGGCAUCAGUCAACUUGACUUCGUGUUUACAGUUGCUACUAAUACAGCUCUGUUCACUGUCUCUGUUAAGGUCCAGGAAAAAGAAAAGGUUCUGCCAAUUAUUUCUAGGAUAAAGAAAGUUCAUACAUGAUGACUGUUACCCCUCUUACACCUGCUAAGUGGAUCCUCUGAUCCAAACCCAGGAGACGAACGCAUGGGGUGAUUGACUUAACAAUUGGGAGACUGGGGCUGCCAAGUAUAUUUUCAUUGUUUCUAUUCCGGUUAUUAUAGAAGCUUAAAUGCACAAAGCAUCCUAGUUUAUGAUGCGUUGCUUGCAGCAUAAACUUUUUACAUUCUUUGCUGCUUGAAAUACUGUGGAGAUCUGUUGCUAUAUGAAGAGUAUAGCAGAAUCCGGGUGGGAAAAUCUGUUCCCAUCACCACAUAUUACCAUGUUGUUUUCUGGCAGAUUCCGGUUUAAGCACUUAAUCUUUGUAGCUUUUUGGUGCUUGUUAUGGGGCAUAGACAUUUAUUCAGCACAUCCCAAUCAUUAGAGAACGAGCAUGAUCAGAACUGGAACCAUAUACAUGCCGAGCAACAUUUUGUGAAUCUUGCUGGGGCUGGCACAUCAGACAAUGGUUCAUUCUUUUAUCCUGUGGAAAAUAUGUCUCUAGAUGGAACACAUUUUGCUUCUCACUGGAGCCCUCCACCACGGUCAACUGCAAAUCCUUCCUCAAGUCACAAUGCAGAAGUACUACCUUAUCAGCCAGAUGCAUCAGGCCCAUCUCAUGAUCCUUUUGUGCAUCUGCCAACUGCUGGAAUGUUCUCUACAGUUCCGGAUUCUUAUGCACAACAUGCAUCUUCUUCUAAUUAUGAGUGGCCGACAUUCCAUGGCGUUGAGGGCAGUUUUGUUGAUCUUACAGUGCCAAGCGGAAGGGGGCCUCACAAGCGAAAAAGUCCUGGAAUUCCUUCAGUCUGUGAGAGAGGCAGUACAAGCAGAUACUACAAUGCUGGAAGUUCUCCCGAUCUUCCAUCAUCUUCAGAACUGCGGCUGGAGAAAUCAAGUAUUGAUUCUCAGUACAUGCCUUGGGAUCACAUUACCAUGAAUCCCAUUUAUAGAGGCAGUGGCCUUUCAAUUAGGGGUGAGGGUUCUUUGAGGAAUGUCAGAAGCCGGUCUGCACUUGAUUUGGAAUCAAACCUCACUAGGACCCAUCUGUCGACCAACCCUUCCUAUUCUGUAAGCCACCCCAUUGACCAUUCCAGCCCUGUGGAUGUUUUGGUUCAGGGUUCUAGUGCUUUGACACGGGAUCGGAGUCUAAUUAACAUGUCUCCUGCACCUGGAAGGGUUAUAGUUUCUGAUACGAGCAGCUUCAACCAUGAGACAGAUCAAUUCCUUGUUGGAAGCAGUUCUGGAAACCCUUCUGCUGAGAUUGGGGGAUAUCAUCAUAAUUUUAUUACAAGCAGAAAUCCUGUUGCUCCUCAAAAUUUUCAUGCUAAUUCAACCCAGUCUGUGAGGGGUGUUCGUAGUAGUAGCUUUAGUCAAAGAUCUAGCCCGGCUUUCAGGGCUUCUUCAAGCAGCUUACGCCUGGGGCAUGCGGCACCUUCUGAUGGAGGACUACAGUUGGUGGCCGAAAGUUACUCCCCAAGACAUCCAAGGCCAUUGCCCACCAUAGGGUGGCGUAAUGGUGACCGCAAUGGGAGGUCGAGGAUAUCUACUGGAAGAUAUAGGUCACUGCCUAAUGAAGCAGGUGUCCAUGAUCGGUUUUCAUCUGAGGGUUUUAUGAUUGUGGAUCGCUCAACUUGGUAUGGGCCCAGAAAUAUGUUUGAUCAGCAUAGAGACAUGAUGCUAGACAUAGACAACAUGAGCUAUGAGGACCUUCUUGCACUGGGGGAAAGGAUUGGGAAUGUGAGCACAGGUCUGUCUGAAGACUUAAUAUCAAAAUGUUUGAUAGAAACAAUUUAUUGUUCAUCGGAUCAGACCCAAGAGGAAGAAACUUGUGUGAUCUGCCUGGAAGAGUACAGGGAUAGGGAUGGUGUUGGGACUCUGAAAGCUUGCGGCCAUGACUACCAUGUUAGCUGCAUCAAGAAAUGGUUGUCUAUGAAGAAUUCAUGCCCAGUAUGCAAAGCUUCUGCUCUGGCUGAUAAUAUGAAGGACAAAUAACUGAGUAAUGUCUCAUGUUGUUUAAUAUAUUCUCAUUCUUGUAUAUAAAUAUAUUUAUAUUUAUAUUUAUAUAUAUAUUCGGAGAUAAUCCCUCAAAAAGGGGAGACAUUUGCUCUACCAGCCGAUGCCAAUUCAUUGUUGGUCUUCCAUCUUGAUCAUGAGGAGCCUUUAAAUGUUAUUUUGGUUUUUGGACUUUCAUUCAAUGAAAAGUUACAGUCUUCUUAUCU